AUGUCAAACCAACAGGCUUCGCGUUUUACGCCUCAAAACAAAACAACAAACGAGCGACUGUCGACAAACACCGUCGGCCUCGUCGCCCUCUCAGACUUUCGCAAGCGGCGCGCAGAAGUCCGCGAGCAGCAGGAGCGCGAAGCCCGCGAGGCCGCGCUCUCAGGCACGUCAAAACCGGACCGCUCGCUGACAGGCACUCCUGACAACGCUGGCAGUGAUUCCGCCGGCAGCGCUGGCCCGGGGCCGCUGAAGAAGAAGCUGAAGAAGAAGACGAAGAACCCAGGCAAGAAGCUUCUGUCCUUUGGCGACGACGACGACUAUGACGCUGGCGAAUCCGAAAACGUGAGCGCGAGCGCCGCUUCUGAGCCUUCAAGCGAUAAAGACGGUGCUUUAGGCGAGAAAAAAGCCAAGUUCAAGGCGAAUGCUGCGGUUGGCUUGGCCCCCAAAGCAGUGACAAAGGCGGCGCUGCGCAAGGAAGCUGCCGAGAGAGAGGCCCUGCGACGCGAGUUUGUUGCUCUACAAGAAUCCAUCAAGGCAACCGAGAUUGCGAUACCGUUUGUGUUUUACGAUGGCGCCAACAUCCCCGGCGGGACAGUCCGCAUGAAGAAGGGCGACUUCAUAUGGGUCUUUUUGGACAAGAGCCGCAAGGUUGGUGCGGAGCUUGGAGUUGGAGAGCAGGCAAAUGCACAGAGAGCAUGGGCUAGGGUUGGCGUGGACGAUUUGAUGUUGGUAAGAGGGACUGUCAUAAUUCCUCAUCAUUACGACUUUUAUUAUUUCGUCGUCAACAAGAGCCUUGGCCCCGGUGGCAAGCCCAUCUUCGAUUACAGCGCCGAAGCGCCGAUUCGCACAACUUCGACCGACUUCGACCCGGAUCCUUCCACUGCGGCUAAGGCGCGACAGCCAGAUGUCUCAACGCUGGAAGGGUUCAACGAGGACCCGACUUUGACAAAAGUGGUGGAUCGUAGGUGGUAUGAAAGGCAUAAGCAUAUAUACCCAGCCAGCACUUGGCAAGAGUUUGAUCCGGAGAUGGACUAUUCGGCGCAGAUUCGGAAAGACACUGGUGGAAAUACGUUUUUCUUUUCAAAAUGA